ACAUGGGGACGUCGACACCUUGACGCACCAGCUUCUGACUCCUUGCAUCUUUUAGAAUCCCUUUUCUUGAUUUAAUUAAAAAAAAAAAUCGGGAACCCGCAGAGUUUUAGCACGGGACUCGCCUCCACAAGCUCCACGGUGUCAACCGGACCUGUAUGGCCCCAUCGUCAGUGUCGAUGUCGCUUUUGCCCUCCGCCGCGGCUUUGGAAAGUGAAGCUCCCCCCGCACGCUUGGCGCUCGUCACCAGAGGCGACAUGCAGACGAGCUUGAGCCCCGCAGAGGACGCCGGGAAGCCCAAAGUGGCCAUCCUGCCGUUCAGCGUCGAGGCUCUGAUGGCCGACCGCAAGCCGAGCAGAGAGGCGCCUUCCCCGGACGGGCCCUCCGCGCAGGCCGGGACGUCCCAGGCUCUGGGGAAGGGCGUUCGGAUGAGUCCCUUCGUAGGUCUGGAUACUUCUUCCGUGCCCACGAUCCCGAUGGGUUCCUCUUUCUCAGUGGGCGAGCUCGUGAACAUGCAGGAGGACGUGUUGAUUAAACCCGAGAGCCCAGACAGCCAAGAGAGGACUUCUUGGAUCCAGAGUCCUCGUUUUUCUCCCACACCUCCACGGAGGUUGAGUCCUCCGGCGUGUCCCCUGAGAAAACACAAGACCAACAGGAAGCCUCGGACCCCUUUUACGACGUCCCAGCUCCUGGCCUUGGAGAGAAAGUUCCGUCAGAAGCAGUACCUGUCCAUCGCCGAGCGCGCCGAGUUCUCCAGUUCCCUCAGCUUGACAGAGACCCAGGUCAAGAUCUGGUUUCAGAACAGGAGAGCUAAAGCCAAGCGACUGCAGGAGGCAGAACUGGAGAAACUGAAAAUGGCAGCCAAGCCCAUGCUGCCCCCCGCCUUUGGGAUUUCCUUCCCGCUGAGUGCGCACGUCCCGGGGUCCUACGCGGGCUCGCACGCAUAUCAGAGGCACUCGCUGCCGGUGUCCCCCGUGGGACUAUACGCCGCCCACGUCGGAUACAGCAUGUACCACCUGGCCUGAAGGACACUUGCCCGUGGACACAUUUUUUAAAAAAUCACGAUCACUGGGGUAAGACUCCUCUUUGCAGGAGGUUUUUGUUGUUGUUGUUGGUGUUUCGUCUAUUGAGGACCUGAUGUCAUAUCUUGCGAGUAAGUCCUCCAAAAAGAUGUUUAAUCACGUGCUCAUAGUGAUGCAUCAGAUUUGUAUUAUUUUCUAAUAACAAAACAAAAGGGAAGAGAUGGCACCCAACGUGGACACGUCAACACAAUUGUGCAGCAGCAUGUUUUGUCGCGCUGCUGCAAAGCUUUUGUGGAAGCAUUUUACAUUCAUAUUAAUGUUCAGCUACACCGGACAACAGUGUCAAUGCUCUUUGUACAUUAAAAAAAACCAGCAUUUAAGAAUAACUAGUUUAAAAAAAACAGCACUAGUGUCUGUUGUUGGAAUGAUUCCCUUCGCAAGGGAUACAUGUACUGUAAAAUAAUGUAUAUUUGGAAAAAUAUCCCCAUUUAUAUUAUGAAUAUA